AUGAAGACUAGUGAGGUGCCACCUACUGACGAUAUGAAGGUUACUCUUCCUGUUGAGACAGAUGUCCCUGCCCUUGCUUCGGCAGACCCCUCUAUACGCACAGAUGGGGGAUUUUCCGGUGGACUCAGUGACACUUUCGUUCUCACAGGAUAUGAAGACCAUGUAGCUUUCAAGUUAUGGAAGGGAGAGGUGCCCACCUGUGGGUUGAAGCUUAAGAAGUUCUCUGAUGUUGUGAUGCCACCAGAGGUGAAGAGGAUAAUUGAGGAGUGUGGUCUCCUUUCACUGGUGGAGAGUUCACUGAUCGUGAUUGACAGUCAGCUAUUGACAACCUUUAUUGAACGGUGGCACAAGGAGACAUUUUUCAUUCCAUCUUCUAUUUGGUAA